CCAGAAGCUGGCCAUCUGGUUUGGGGCUUUGAACCCCCUAGUCGUGACAGCAUCUUCUGAAAGCACUUUGGAAAAUCUGAAGAUAUCUUUAAGCAACUGAUGGUGAAACUGAGGCCCAGAAAAAGAAUGACUUAAUGAAGCACCUAUAUCAUUAUCUGUUGUUCUGUACAUUCAAAUACAGAGCAAGUCCUCCCAUCAUGGAUUGCCAAGAAAAUGAGUACUGGGACCAAUGGGGACGAUGUGUCACUUGUCAACUGUGUGGGCCUGGACAAGAGCUUUCCAAGGAUUGUGGUUAUGGAGAGGGAGGAGAUGCAUACUGCACAGCCUGCCCUCCUCGCAGAUACAAAAGCAACUGGGGCCAUCAUAGAUGUCAGAUUUGUAUCACCUGUGCUGUCAUCAAUCGUGUCCAGAAGGCCAACUGCACAGCUACCUCUAAUGCAGUCUGUGGGGACUGUCUACCCAGGUUCUACCAAAAGACACGCAUUGGAGGCCUGCAGGACCAAGAAUGCAUCCCGUGCACGAAACAGACCCCCACUUCUGAGGUUCAAUGUGCCUUCCAGUUGAGUUUAGUGAAGGCAGAUGUACCCACAGUGCCCCCUCAGGAGGCCACACUUGUACUGGUGAGCAGUCUGCUCGUGAUGUUUACCCUGGCCUUCCUGGGGCUCUUCUUCCUUUAUUGCAAGCAGUUCUUCAACGGAUAUUGCCAACAUGGAGGUUCGCUGCAGUUUGAGGCUGAUGAGGCAGCAGAAGAGGAAUCUCUCUUCCCCAUGCCACCUGGCCAGGAGACCAGUCCUGAGUCUCCACUGAGUGAAAGCAUCUUUGAAACCCAGCCACUUAACCCCAUCCUGGAUGACGACCGCAGCUCGACUCGUGGCUUCCCUACCCAGGAGUCUUUUACCAUGGCCUCCUGUGCCUCGGAGAGCCACUCCCACUGGGUCCACACACCCAUCGAAUGCACAGAGCUGGACCUGCAAAAGUUUUCCAGCUCUGCCUCCUAUACUGGAGCUGAUACCCUGUGGGGGAACACAGCUGAAAGCUCUGGAGAGAUCCUGGAACUCAAUGUGCCCUUUGAAGUCCCCAGCCCUUAA